AAUUGCAUUACUCCUUCAUUGUCAUCCCAAACUCCAUAUUUUCUUUAUUUUCUCCUGAGCACUAACAACCACCAUCUGAUACACUAUAUAUUUUUCUUGUUUGUUUAUUGCCUGCCUCCCUACCCCCACCCUCCACACACACACACUUAGAAGUUUUAUGAAGGCACGGGCAUUGUUCUACUUUAAACUAGUUCCAGCUUCUAGAACAGUGCCUGGCACAGUAGGUGAAUAAUCAAUAUUUGUGAAAGAAAGAGAAAGGAGAAAAAAAACCUAAGCUUUUCUUACCCGUCAGCUUGGCAAAGAUCAAAAUAUUUCAUAACAUUUCGUUGGCAAGUAUAGGUAAACAUCGCAGAUGCGUUCUAUGAUUAGUAAUUUGGCACUAAGAAAAGUACAAAUGCCCCUACUCUGUGCUCUAGUAAAUCUUUUUCUAGGAAUAUAUACUAUGGGUAUAUCCUUACACACAAGAAAUUAUGAUGUUCAGAGUAAUUUAUUGCAGCAUUGAUUGAAAAAUAAAAGAAUGGAAACAACCUACUUGACCAUCAAUAGUGUAAUUAUUAAUAAAUUAUGGCAUAACUGAAUACUAUGUGAUUAUUCUUUUUAAAAAAGAGCAAGAUGGAAGAAGCCCAUUAUGUACAAUCUCCAAAAUCAAUUAGUAGGAGGGAAAAAAAAAAUCAAGUUGAAGAACUGUUACCAUUUGUGUAUGGGUGUGUGUAUUUGGGGGUGAGGAUGAGGGAAUCUAAACCUGCGUAAUAUACCUAUGGAAUGAUAUAGCAUAUGUCACGAAAAAUGGUUACCAAAUCUAGAUGCGGGGGCCAGUUAUCCUUUUCUUUUCUAAUCUUUUUUAUUGAAGUUUACUUAAUUUACAGUGUUGUGUUAGUUUCGAGUGUACAGCAGAGUGAUUCAGUUAUACCUAUAUUCUUUUUAGAUUCUUUUCCACUAUAGUUUAUAAUUCUUUUUAAACACUGAACCAUGUGAAUGCAUUACAUACCCAUAUUACUUAUUUAAUAAUUAAGUGGGGGAAGAAAAUCUUGAGAGGGAAAAAGGUUUUUUUUAAGAGCAAAAAAAAACAGCUUGCGGGCGCCUAAGUCCCAUCAGUCCAAUGUACAGGAACCGGGCCCUCCGCGGGUUAGAGCUGAGGGUGGGCAGCCCGGCGGACGCCACCGAGGCGAGGCUUCCUAGAGCGGCCCGGAAGUGCCCAGCUGACAGCGACCCAGCGCCGAUUGGUCGGUUUGAGUCUGACCUUUGUUCGGGCCGCCCAAAAGACGCUAGCUGUCGCACCUGUACCUCUCGGCGCGAGAUUUUUCUCUGAGACAAGAUUCUAAGAGAUUCUCCUUGAAUCAGUUCCAGAUAGAGGAUUAAUCUCCUGAAAAACAGCCCAGAAUGGCCACAUCCCUGGAACCUGAGGAACAAAAAGGACUUUUAAUAGUUAAGGCAGACCAUUAUGGGGGACAGGACUCCAUCUCACAAAAGUACAGUCCUCACAGAAGGGAACUCUUCAGGCAGCACUUCAGGAAGCUCUGCUAUCAGGAUGCACCUGGACCCCGUGAAGCUCUUACCCAGCUCUGGGAGCUUUGCCACCAGUGGCUGAGGCCAGAAUGCCACACAAAGGAGCAGAUUUUAGACCUGCUGGUGCUUGAACAGUUCCUGAGCAUUCUCCCUAGGGACCUGCAAGCAUGGGUGCAGGCACACCAUCCAGAGACUGGAGAGGAGGCGGUGACUGUGCUGGAGGAUCUGGAGAGAGAGCUUGAUGAACCUCGAAAGCAGGUCCCAGCCAAUUCAGAAAGACAGGACACACUUUUGGACACGUUGGCCCCCUUGAGAAGGCCACAUGAGUCACUGACUAUCCAGCUCCAUCCCAAGAAGACCCAGCAGGAGCAGGAAUCUGGGGAGCCCCAAAGGAAUGGUGAUAAAACCAAGACUAAGAAUGAAGAGUUGUCCCAGAAGGAAGAUAUACCCAAAGACAUGGAAUUCCUUGGGAAAAUAAACAACAGACUUACCAAAGCUAUUCCUCAGUAUCCUGAAUCCAAAGAUGCUAUUGAAAGUGAAGGCAGAUUCGAGUGGCAACAGAGAGAAAGAAGACGCUAUAAAUGUGAUGACUGUGGAAAAAGUUUCAGUCAUAGCUCAGACCUUAGUAAACACAGGAGAACUCACACUGGAGAGAAGCCCUAUAAAUGUGACGAAUGUGGAAAAGCCUUCAUUCAACACUCACAUCUCAUUGGACAUCAUAGAGUACACACUGGAGUGAAACCCUAUAAAUGUAAAGAAUGUGGGAAAGAUUUCAGCGGGCGCACAGGUCUCAUUCAGCAUCAGAGAAUCCACACGGGUGAAAAACCCUAUGAAUGUGAUGAGUGUGGGAGGCCUUUCCGUGUAAGUUCAGCCCUUAUUAGACAUCAAAGAAUUCAUACAGCAAAUAAGCUCUACUAAUAUGGUGGAAGUAACAAAAGUUCUUCAGACACUCAGGCCUAAUUAGUUAUCAGAGAAAUCUGCCUUGGAGACCUUGAGUAUCCUGAUGUAGGCAAAGCUUCAAUCAUCAUUAAAAAUUUCUCUGGCACCAGAGAAUUUACCUGAGUAAAAUUUCCUUUUAUUUCUGAAGUAGUUCAGUUUCUUGGAAGGAACUAAGAGUUAUUUCAGAAAGCCUUGUCCACUGCCAGCAUUGCUCACUUGCAGCCCCAAAUAACCAUGUUUCCUGGUCCUGGUUGAAAGAUGUGAAUUCUACCUCUCAACUCUGGCUCCUUUUUCCUUGGCCACUCAGUGUAUGACUUUAGGCAAGACAUUCAUAUUUUCUCUGCCUUCAUUUUCCCAUUCUGCAAAGUGCAGAUGAUAUAAUAGAAGCCCACCGGGUAUGCUGUAUUAAGUUAAAAUAGAUGAAAACUGCUUUUGAAAUUAAGAACUAAAACCAUACUGUUUUUCCCCAUCAUUAGUGAUAUAAUGGCCUAAAUAUCCCUUAUCUUAAAGUGGGGAAUAUAAUAAUUUUGUGGAAUAUUUUGCUUUGCCAGUGAUAAAAAAAUGAGGAAACCACCAGAAAGAUAGCAGGCUAAGAAAAACAUUAAAAUGGAGAGGAAAGCUGUAAGUCAUCAGUGGGAGCUGCUGGGAAGGGGGAUGAUGGAGUGUGUUAGGGAUCUGUAACUUUGGAUAAGUCACUUCUCUUCUGAAUCUCAGGUCAUUUAAACUGAGGGAGAUCGGGAGAGGUUGGUCUAGAACUGCACUGUCAAAUAUGGCAGCCAGUACCCACAUAUGGCUAUAUACAUUUAAACUUAACUGAAAUAAAGUGGAAAAUUCAGUUCCUUGGUGACAUUAGCCACAUUUCUGCUCAAUAGCCACGUGUGGCUGGUAGCUACAAUAAUGGACAGCACAGAUCCAGACCAUUUUUUAUCACUGCAGAAACUUCUCAAGGACAUUGCUGUUCAAUCAUUGGUAAGGUAACUUCCAGCUUUGGUAUGUGAUUCUGAGUUCAGGAAGGUAGCAAAAGAGAUAGCUGAAGAGGCUGUAAUAGCAAUAGGAGAUAAAAUACAAACACCUUAAAACAAAGUAAUUUAGUAAAAAUAACUCUGUGGUACUUUUUCAGCCUUAGAAAGAGAGUGUAUUGUAAUUGGAGAAAGAUGACUAUUAAGUAAAUACAAUAACCUAAUAAUCAAAAUUGAAAGCUUAACUUACUACCUUAUCUCUAUAAAAAGAGUGUAAUUACCUUUACAAGGUAACAUCCCCUGUCAGUUACCCUAUACUAAUGAGAAACUGGGACUCUCAGGACACUAAUACUUUAAGACACAGUGAACAAUUUAGUUUUUCUUUUUCUUUUUGGCUUCGGAAUGUAUUAGCAUUUCAUGAACGUAUUUGCGACAGUUUUACAUCACUAGUUUGAGAAUUUUAUAGCAUGACAGGAAUUGUGACCAAAGGCCAACACGUUCAAAUUUACAACACCAUCAAACUGCCACGAACCACUAAUUCUAGGAAUAGCCAUCACCAAAAUGAUCAGGAAGUGAUCUAAUCUCUUACUGAAGACAUUAAUUACACAUACUUGCUUUGAGAGUAGGAAAAGCACCAGAAUCAUUUUGUGUCUACUACUAUUGGAAGGUGACUCUUAAAUCAUUCUUCAUAACACCAUAAAGAUAAACUGAGUUUUUAUAUCUUUUGAACAUAAUGCUCCUUAUAAAAAAAUAAAAGUAAGUUUACUUUGAAUGUAUACAUCAACUGAUACAAAUAUUUUAAGGCAUCAAGUUUCACACUCAUACUUGUUUUUUCAUUUAUCUGAGCACUAUUUCAAAACAUUUGAAACAAAGGAUUUUUUAAUGAUCAUGAAAAGUAAAGUAUUAAAUCUUUAGUAUUAGAAACAUCGUUUUCUAAAAAAUAAAGUUAGAUGCUUAAUGAAUGAUAGCUUUUCCCCCUUUACCUUCAGUCUUGCUAAAAAACUGUCAUGUGUAGAAGCUGUUCACAGUCUUUAAAGGGGAAACUCAUGUUUCUGAUCUUAUCCUUGAAUUUAGAGACUUCUGCAAUGGUAAGAAAGAUGAUCUUGGCUACCACAACAUUAAGUUUACUUAAAUGGGUAAAAACGAUGACAGACUGAUUUUCCUCUAACGUACUCUGUAUGAUUGAACAUUCUAUUCAGGUAGUAGUUUUGAAUACCUGUUGUGUAUAAAGAACUGUUCUAGUCUUAGAGUUGUACACCCUCAAAGUCUGAGUGAAGAGUAGUUUGGAGCACUGAGACUAUGCUACCCUUUUUAGUCUGGUGUUGAUUCCAAAUUGCCACCACAGUGUCCACCAUCUGAUCUUGACCAGAGGGGCAAGGAUAAGAGUCAGGAAGGUACAGAAAGAUUUGGGGCCAGAGACAGCCUGGAGUGAUAGUGGCAAGAGAAGAAAGUCCAGUGGGACCUGGGAUAACUGCUGGCAUAAGGCAAAGGGGGCAUGAGGUUGAAGGAGAUCUAAGUAGUUGUUAGUAUUAUGAAGGAUUAGGCAGUGUCCUAGUAAGUCUGUAGAAACGUUCAAAAAAAUUGGUGAGGAUGCAAGCAGUUAGAAAGAGGAGCUCUGAGUUCAAUCACAGCCACAGUUAUUCGAAAAGAAGGUGUAAUAUGUUAGACGCCGUAACGAGAACCACUGAGUUCUAGCAGAGAGCCAUCCUGGAAUGAUGGCACCUGCUCGAAAAGAACCCUAAACAUGGAAGGCAGUUUCUUAAAUAGUUGUGUCAAAAACAUAUGCAUCACUCCUCCCAAAUUUUUUGGAGGGUUUUUCUUUUUUUUGGAGGGAGGCAAGAACUUGUAGUUUGUAGUUUUCAUGAACAGACAGUGAUUUUAAGAGGCAUCUAAAGGGAGUACGGGGGCAGUUCUUUCAGAUACAGUUGGGGAAUGGUGGUUAAACUGGUGAUUUUGAAUGAGGCGCCAACAGCUAUAAAGGGAGGAAACAGAUGAGAGUUGGGGUAGGAGAGGAUGUCGGAGGUAUGCACGGGCCUUGGUGAACAGGGGGGAAACAAGAUAGAGGAGAAGGGGAUGGAACAAAAAGAGAGUGAUAAAAAAGGAGCAAGGGUAUAGGGAAAGGAACAAAGAUAAAAUAAGAGAUGGUGAUAGAGAAAGAAAAGAGUGACAAGUAAUUCCAAUAUUGACAUCAAUUAUAAUUGAGACAGUGGGUCAUAUGCCACAGCCAUACGAAGGUGAACAGAUCAGCUUAUCCCAAGGUCGUUGAGUCUUACAUGCACAGCACAUAUUAUUUAUGUUAUCUUUAUUGAAUGUGUCUACAAUCUCAUUCUGAGCAUGAAAUUAUUUCUUUAUAGUCUAAUCAAAAAGUCCAUCAACAGUGAAACUGCUAGAAACUUUGAAAUGCUUCAAAACAACCUGUUCUCCCCUUAGUAAUAUCACAAGGCAAUUAGACUAAGUUUCUAAAAGAAUAGAUCUCUCAGUCUUUCUUACUCAAAUCCUCUAGAGCACAGUUUCUCAACCUUGGUUUUACUGACAUUUUCAGCCAAACAAUUUCUUGCUGUGGGGGGCUGUCCUCUGCAGUGUGGGAUGUUUAGCAGCAUUCUUGGCCUCUACCCUCUAGAUACCAGCAGCCCCAACUUGUGGCAAGCAAAAAUUUCUUAAGAGAUACAAAUGUUCCCUGAGGGACAAAAUCUCUCCCCCGCCCUGCCAGCCCAGUUGAGAACCACUGCUCUAUAGGAAAAUAAUCUGAUUUCCAUGACCGUUCCACAUCAUAUACAAUAAGAUUCAACUUAGAAAUGUUAUAUAUGGCCAGCACUGUUAGACCCUUUUACUACCCCACAAAAUGAUUUUCUAGACCUUCUUCUCUCUAUACCGUACUUCUGCUGCUACCCUCUCCUUUGCCCCUUGACCCAACCACAAAUAGACACUUUAUCCUUGAUCUGCACUGUCCAAUACAUUAGCCACUAGAUACAUGUGGCUAUCGAGCACUUGAAAUGUGGCUACGCAACUGAGGAACUAAAUUUUUUCACUUUAAUUUAAAUUUAAAAACUGAUACUCAAUUCAGUUAUUGGAAAACCUUUAAGUAUGUUCAGAGUAUUUCGGGUAUAGGAAUCUAUUUUUUCCAUUCAAAAUUUUAUGUAAUCUCAAUACAGAUCAAGUACUUCCAAUGAAAAUUUAAUAACUGAAUUGAGAUGUGUAGUAAGUAUAAUAAACACACUGGAUUAUAAAGACUUAGUAUGAAAAAGGAAUGUAAAAUAUUUCAUUAAUAAGAUAUUAUUUUAAAAUAAUAUUUUGGAUAUACUGGUUUAAAUAAAAUACAUUAAGAAUUAAUUUCACCUGUCUUUUUACAUUUUUAAUGUGGCUACUGGAAAACUUACAUCCACAUAGGUGGAUCACAUUACAUUCCUAUUAAUUGGACAAUGAUCAAGAUCUUCUCACUCUCAGGGUAGGUCCCAUUCACUAUGUUCCAAACCACCUCAAUUCUGUGAGGCUAAGUUCUGUGCUGCCAAGGACUCUUUACCUUUUUCUUCUUAUUCAUUAAUCCAACAGGUAUUUACUGAGUGCAUGCUAUGUGCCACGCCUCUAUUUUAGGUAUUGGGGAUAGAGCAGGAUAUAACAAGAUAUUUCCAUGUAAGACUGUGAGAAAAAUAGUGAAUGUUAAAAUUAAAGGUAUAAUGCUGUCCUUUCAGAUGGAAGACUAUUAGGAAAAAAAAGGCAGGGCAUUUCAGGUUAGGUGUGGGGAGGAAGGAAAGAAAAGGGGGAAAAAUAGAUUGUUACUUUGGGAUUACAAUUUCAUUUCAAUUUAAUAAGAUUUUAAGUUUGGUUUGUUUGGCAAGUCCAAUAGCACAGCAAUAGGGACUAAAGGUCUUUGGAUAUGCCAUUGCAUGAGAGGACUUAUUAAUGGUUAGACCUGCUUUAUGCAUUAUUUUUAAUACACACUUCAUAGUAUUUACUGCAGAAGUCUCUGGGGAAAUUAGCAAUGGAACAAUUUCUAUAUGUAAGAACCAUAAAUUCCCAUGUAUGUUGAAUUACCCUAUUAUAUAUCACCGUAAUACUGGGUACAAGGAAGGAAAUUUCAUUAAUCCAGUUAUUGUGCCUUUUUGUUUUUCUCUACUCCACUCAGUAGAUAGUCUUGGAAAACUCUCCUAUAGCCUUAACUUUAUCUCAAAGACGUGAAAAUGAUUACGUGCUUUUGAUGUUUUUUGUUUAAAAAUAACUUACCUAUGAAGAACAAUCAACAGUUAGAUAAUUAUAAACAAAUUCUAUUUUACUAUCUAUAUAAAAAUACAAACUUGAAUAUGAGGACAUCUAAAAAUGCAGAAAUAGUUAUAUAUUCCAUGUAUCAAUGUAUAAAAACAUAGCUGGAAGGAAAUCCUUUUUCAGAAUCAGGAAAUAGUGCCUUAUCUACUAGGUUAAAAUCCUAAACCCUCCAGCAAAUGUAUAAUUCCAUAUUUUGAACAAUUUUAGUAUUUCAUUGUCACAUAAAAUAUGUAAAUAGCUAUUCACAUUAUUGUGGUGAUUUGCAUAUACAAUAGGAGUCAGAUGGGAAAGAAAAUACCAUUCUUAUUUGUAAAGCAAUGACAACACAAUAAAUCUGGAAUCUUUGAAAUAAUUUUAAGUUAAAACAUUUCUUCACCUACUGCAUAUAUUUAUAAGUUACGUUAAUGUCUAACUCUUACACAAGUUGAGUUUUUUGCAUAAACACUUAAUGCUACUUUCUAGGCACUCUGUUACUCAAGGGUUGACCUUAAAUUCAUUUUUCCCCUUGGAUCAGUAUUCUUGACACCUAUGGAAAAGAACAUCCUGGCUCCUCCAGAAAGUAGAUAAAGCUAAGUCAGAAAUAAAGAAGAGAUAAACAUGACACUCCAAUUGGAAAAGUAUAAAACCAUCACAGUCAGUUUGGCUUCAAAUGAAGAGUAAGUACAUCAAUACCUCCUAGAAAAAUCUAUGCCAUUUCUUACAUAAAACCCAAACUACUACCAGGACUUUGAGUUAGUUCAGUGUAGACAUUCUACCAGACAUAAUGUAUUUGAUAAAGCUUCUAGCUUUUUAUCUUCAGACUGGUUUGCUAUAUUAAUUCAAGAGUCUCAGGAAUAUGAGAAACAAUGACAAUAAUUCAAAAUUUUUCAUUAUCUGCUCUUGGAUGUGUCUUCAUUUGUCACAACUGUUGGGCUAUAAUAAAGGAGCUGCUUCUGUCUUUUCAUUAAAAAAAAGAAAUCCCCGCUUUUAUAAGCCUGUAUUACAGUGAAGGAAUACAAGACAAAUAUUGAAUAGGAGUAGUGGUAUAUGGAAUAUAAAUAAUGAAAUGAAACAGAGUGGCUGAAUGACUACUACAAGUAGUCAGAAAAGGCUUUUCUGGAGAGCUGACAUUCUAACUGAAAUAUAAAUGUCCAGCCUUGGGAAGUUCUGAAGAAGACCCUG